AUGCUUUUUGUCUUAGGGAAGACCUUUUUCAUGUCCAGGAGUGGAAGCAUUUCAUUUAAUGUUGACCACUCAUCUGAGGUCGUUGAUCAUAUCGCAGCAUUGUUUAAAACGAAGGAUUUCACUGACAUUACUCUUAUUGUUGGUGGUACGCGGUUUCCGGCUCAUCGUGUGAUUCUCGCUUCGAGGUGUGAAUAUUUUCGGGCUCUCCUCUUUGGUGGUCUUGCUGAGACACAUUCUUCUCUAAUUCAUCUGAAUGGAAUCAAUCCCACUGCCUUUUUUUAUGUUCUGGAAUAUAUUUACACUGGAAAACUUUGCAUUUCUGGUGUUACAGUAAGUAAUUUCGAUCUUACUGCACACUUUAUACGUUCUUUAACACCUCAAAACGUCUGCCUGCUUUAUGAUUUGGCUAUUACGUUUGAUCUGGAAGACCUCGUAGAUGCGUGCUUGCAGACUAUAGAUCGUUCGCCUUCACUGAUCCUAUCCAAUCCACAAUUUUUGCGCCUUUCGAAGGUAAUCUUCUUUCACUUUUCUUGCAUUCACCUACUUUUAAAAACCAUUUUUAAAAAAUCCAUGCACCAUUCUACGUGUUUCACACAAUGCCAUAUGCUUUUUUUCUGA